AAUGAGGAGGCACCACCGCACCGCCAGUAGCUCCCAGACAGUGACUCCGCGUGUAACGUGUGACCGGUGGGCGACCUGCAACGCCUGCACCGUGUGUUAUGUCAUCGAUGACAAUCCCUGGACGCGGUGGUGCUCCGAAUUUAUACGGCGUGAAAUUCGUACGCGAGUGAUCGAGGAUAAAGUGAAUACGUGACGGGCGUAAUAGACCGUGGGUGAAAAGUACGGAUUGUUCGAUCGUUCACCAAGUCGGAAGGUACAUCCCGAUUCGGUCUUCGUAAUUUCCCUCUAUAUUUUCCCGGCACAUUUAACUUCUUCGUAGGAUCAGCGCUUUGGUAUCGGUGUUUCUCGAAGAAAACACCUCGCGCUGGGCGAACAGCCUAGAUAACGACGAGAGAUCGUGAACCGCCCGAAUGGAUCGAAUUGGAUACUCAGCGUCGUCAGCGGUCGUGAGCUCGUGUGAGUCGACGCGUCGCGGCGACGAGUUUCGAUGAGGAUCGACGCCCGCGCCCGAGUCGCUCUCACGUAUCCCUGUGUUCGGCGGCGGGACAUCAGCGGUGUCACGGUUCGAUAGCCGGAUAAACGCCGGCGACCCCGUCAUCAGCGUCAGCGACGUCGACGGUACGACCGAGCCUGGGAACGUCGAGUUCGCUGCCGCGAGGGAACGAUAACGACGCGAAACGUGGUGGUCACGACAUCCGCGUGCGACAGGACGCGUUUAGUCCCGGAUCGGCGGCGGAAGCUUCAUUCCGGGUCGACAAUGGCGCGGUGGCCUUGAGGAUCGAUCGCGCGGGAGCGAGCCGGGUGAACGGUCGGGGUUUCGGUCUGGCGCGAUUGAAUCCGCGCGAUCCACACGCUGCGCGAUCGUUUCGCGCGCGCGCCAUCGGGUGUCUACGAUGCGCGGAGUGGUAACUGGGCAAACGUAUCGUAAUUAUAUCGAAGAGAUACAUUGCCGCGACAUGUGGAAACGUCAAGGGAAGUAUGUGAACUAUGAGGCUAAUUCGUACACGUAGGCGGAUCGCGCGCGCGUAAAAAAAGAUCGCGUGUCACAUUACGCGCUAGUUGCAAUAAUUCGAUAACGCCAGUCAUCGCCAAAGUCGUCAUCGAACGUUCAUUAGCAGUCGGGAGACCGGAAGAGAAACAGAGUAAUCACCGUUCGUUGAAUGGAGUAAUGAGCGGGGCCCCUGCGCGGGGCACAGUGCCCCGUCGUCAAAGACGCCACCAUCAUCACCAUCAUCAUCAUCAUCAGAAACAUCAGAAGCGCGUCCGGGAAGAAGCGCCGCGGAACGUGACGCUGGACGAGCCCGAAGAGAAGAGACCGAAGGUCAAUCCGAUCUUCCUGUGGGCGUCGCAGCGCGAGCAGAAGAUCGUCGAGGUGAGAUGCGAGGACUACGAUAAACGUAAUCGCAUCAAGCUCACCAAGACCGCGCAAGGAUGGCGUUCGAUACCGCGUACCACGUCCAACGUGUACACGAUUGCCCUAGCCGAUGCCUGCAACAAGAAAACAUCAGGUAUGGCCGACGCGUCGCCGGCCUCCUCGGUCUCGUCCAACGACGAGAAGGAGAACGGCAAACGAUGUCUUCAAGAGCCAGCGAGCGCGACGGUCAGUUCCCUUCGGUGCCAUCCACGAAUAUAUUCGUCGAACGGCACGACGAACGGUUUGCUUACUGGCGAAGGCGCAGGCAGAAAAAGGCGAGGCUACAAUGAAGAGACGAAUAGACGAGGAUAUCCUUCUUCCUUGGGAGCAUGUGAGAUUAACGGUGAUGAGGGCGGAGAAAAAAAUGGUGAAGACGAUAAGAAUCGCGAGCAGAACAAGUCGAAGGAUCGUCUGUCCAUCUUCAAGAGUAAAAAUAAGCUGAAAGGUUGGAUCGACCUGCAGAGAUUGCAAAUGGACAAGCUGUUCCAACCGCGUGUCGUACUGGAACUGCUGCAACUAUCGCAACUCCCUGAGAGCGCGCAUCAAAAUGUCGUUCGCCACGCGAGAAAUAAAGACGCAGCGGCGAAUGAGACGAAGCGGAAAGAGGAAAAUAACAAGCGGGACGAGGAGACCGCCGUAACGGAAGAGGAUGAAGAAGAAAGGGAGGAAGAGAUGGACAACGAGGAGCUGGAGGAGGAGGAAGAAGAGGAGGAGGAGGAGGAGGAGGAGGAGGAGGAGGAUGAGGAGGAGGAAGAAAACAGCGAGAAAUCGAGUCGAAUGAACAAAGCGGGUAUUCAGGACAUAUUAAACAUGAUAGAUGCCACGGCCUCGCCCGUUCUCGCUACUGAUACUCCUAGCGCCGAUCUACCGGUGGACUCUACCCCGGUGGACUCUACCAAGACUUACGAGGUCCUCGACGAGAAGCAAUCCGCUGAGAGACAGCAGGUCAAGGACACGGAGUCCGACGAUGUAAAGGAUCGAAUCAGGAGCAUGUCCAGUUACGAAACCGAGGCCAUCGACCAAGACGAUGAAAUUGAUGAUAAGUUGGAGGUGCACGAGGAAAAAAUUUUAGAGAAAGAUUGCUUUCUUCAGGAGAUAGAAGACAAAAAGAUUCGAGUAAAGAACAAUCUUGAGCUCUUUUCGUUGAAAAGCAAUGCCGAGAAGGCUCCGAAUUCCUGCAAAGUUGCCGAGGCUGACGGAGGUUUCGUCGAUCGACCGAACUGCGGAUCAGACUCCCUCGUUACGUGGCAGCCGAGCAUACCGACCGAGGAAGAGGAAGCGCCGGAUGAGCCCGGCGAACCGCUGAAGCUCGAUUACGACAGCUCGAAAAUUCUUGACGCCCUGAGGAAUACGCCGGGUCUCUCCGUGUCUAUAAUGAGGAACCACACACCUGAGAUCAGUAAAAAUUCGAUCGUAUCGCCUGCGAGACCACCCUCAAAGGCGUCCUCCUCGAGUAGAUCGCCUGAUUCUCAGGCGGAAUGCGUCGAAAAGCUACUGAGAAACGCGAACGACUUCGGUCGCGACGGUUUGCCUCGCAAUCUGCCAGGUCUAUCGAUCGUUAUACCGAGCUACCGCUAUAAAAAUGUCUCCGGCCAGCUAACAGUCUCACCGAGCACGAAGCAUCGUGUCGAAUCGCCCGAAAGCACCGUUAACUUCAACAAGGCCGAUGUGUAUCCGGAGGAAAUAAAGAUGGACAGGUUUCCCCACGAGGAGGACAGAGAUGAGGAAGAAGACGAGGACGACUGCGACUCGCAAGUUUUGGAAGACCUUAGACAGCAGAAGGCGGAUUUGCUGGCGUACGACGGUAUCGAUGCGGAUUACUACAACGGGUCCAGUACUAAGAGCAAUCAGGAGGAUCGCAAAACCCCGUUAGAGAAUGCAAAGAGCGAUCCUGUCUGCAUUGGCUCCUGUAGAAACAGCGAGGCACAAGCCAAAGGUAAAUACCAGGAUCUCGAGCAUUUUGAUGAACAGGUCCUAGAGGAGCUGCGAUCCCGCGGCACUGUAGUCUCUCCACAGCCAAGCGGAAUUCCUUGUUCUCCCGCAUCCAGGAGACCGUCAUCAGCAUAUCUCGAGAGGUUACUACCUAGUCCGCCGUGUUCCGUGUCCUGUUCGGAGGAUGCUAAGAGCGAAUUAACGCUGAAGAGCAUUCUGGCCUCAUCUAACUGCGCGGAUCCGCGAGAUUACGAAAGGACGAAGGAGGCGGUAUCGAUCCGAUCCGAUCAAAACAUUGAUCAGCCUAUCUCUCGACCUGUGCAUUCGAGCGUCGAUAGGUACGCGAGAAAAACUAAUCAGCGCAGCUUUCAGGAACGUCUAAACGUUCACAAUCAAGAAGUGAGGAACUCUGGCAGGCCAAUGUCCAGCGGCGACAUUCAUACGACUUUUUAUGCGACGGCAGAGCGCACCGCGCCCAAGAGACCGAUGUCUGCCGAGUGGCAACCAAUGACUGGACAACGACAAAGGAACCAGGCCGCCUAUUAUCAAAAAAUCAUUAGUAGAACGAGGGGCCACUUUACCGAUCGGGACCAAGAUCACAUUUCCUAUGCCACAUCCAGCAGCACGGAUAAACUCUUGGAUCCGGCCAGACAGCUCCGCGAACUAAUUGAAACUGUCGGUCAUCUAAUUCCUGAUCCUCUCCUAGUACCUCGUGACUAUUUGCCAGCUCUGGCUGCCGCGCCGGCGACGGAGAUACCAAAGUUACUGGCCAGUAGACCCGAGCUCAGGCUGCCUGAGGCUCUUACCAGGCCUGAUCUUCUCCGGGAUCCCGAUCUGCUCGUAAUAUCGCUGGCGCAUCUGCAGCACGUGCUGGAUCACGGCGAGGGCCCGGUUUCCAGAUCGCGACAGUCGCAGCCGCAGCAACCUAAAGCUGUCGUUAACGGUGCCGUUAACAAAGGAUCGUCUGGUUCGGUGAACGGUAAUAGCGUGAGAGGCAGUAGAGUCACCAUUACUGCUAGCAAACCCAAACUCAGUUGCAAACCAAUCUGCACGUUGAUGCCGACGCAGCCUAUAGACCUAUCGAACGGCGGUCGAUCGCGCAUCAACCCCUAUUCGCCCUUGCUCAGAGUGCGCAGCGGACUACUCAAACAGGAGCCGGAAGUGAGCUCUACCGCGAGUUCGCCAGACGAGUCGCAACUGUGGCAUCCAUUGUUCGGCAGCCAAAAGAGACAACAGCAGCAGCAGCAACAGCAAUUGACGCAGUCGCAGCUACAGCAGCAGCAGCAGCAGCAGCAGCAGCAGCAGCAGCAGCAGCAGCAGCAACAGCAACACGCCUCCUGGCACAGGACAACUCUCGCCUCUUGACCAGCGUAACCUUGAUCUUGACUGCGAGUCCAGUGAUUCUGAAAGGGCGAAGGAGGAAAGAAAGGAGCCGCGAGACGUACGAGGAACGCCGUGACACCGCUUCUUACCGUGGUUUCGGCUACUCGUUGAAGGCUACUCGCGCAUCGCGCAGCCAGGCGGAAAAAUGCGGAUGAAGAAACGCCGCGGAGCAGCGCGGCGCGGCAAGGACUUUCGCGGAAUGACCGCCGCCGCGCCGCACGACACCCGCAGAAGCGUGCGCUUCCCCUUCGCGGUGGUGUAGUCGAAGCGAUCGAAUCGAUUCCGUUAGUAUAUUUUAUUUUAAUCCGUUGUUGGUCGCCCGUUGUAUUCGUACUUGAAAUUAUUGCGCGCGCAUACAAAUUAUCUUCAAAAUAAUAACAAUAAUCUCAGAAUUUGUACUUUAUCGGGAACAGUGUUGAGUAAUUUUGUAUUUAGGAUUAUCCUUACAUAUUUAAAGGCUACGAUUAAUUUUUUUACUCACUGUCACUAGCAAGACAAUGAAGGACGCGAUAAAAUAUAUAUAAUAUAUGAGCGAGACUGACGGCGUCGUUAAAAGAUUAAUUACGACACGCAGUGUUAGUAAACUCAAUGAACAUUCGUAAGUAAUAUAAAGGCGUAAAUCAUGUGAUAAAUAAAAUCAUACGCGAAUGUAGACGAUAAUCAAUUACUAGAGGUAGAUUAGAGGUAAUGUACUUUGACUGAGAAACUCGGCAAACUUCUUAGCGAGUUCGAGUCGAAGAUAUAUUUUUCUGUUGGCCUUUUUGUACUGACAAAAAGACGUAUUCUCAUAUCCGUGAAGAACUAAUGCCAAGCCGUACUAGGACCAGUCAGUAUAAAAAAGAAAUGUACACAUCAAUUGUGCAAUUACGAGGAAUUAUGCAGCAAGAAUUAACUAUAAUAAGGUUGCAGAACAGAACUUCGAUACGCGAUUAAUUUGUCAUGAUACGCAAUUACAGCGGACAAAAAGAAAUAUCUCGUUGAUGUAGACUCGUCGAUGUGAUGUUUUGUAAGACUACACCACUGCUUCUACGAUAUUAACUUCGCGGUUUUCUCUCUCUUUCUCUCAUGACUCUCAUCGUCACAACCCCGUAGAGACCCCUGACACAAGUGCAAUGAUAUGCGAACGCCGUGACGACGCUUUUUCAUUUCGUACAUAUCGUACAUAUCGUUAUCUGUUUCGAUAAGUAAAGCUAAAGUUUAUCUAGAUUUAAUUAUUUAGAUACGAGUUUUCAAAACAGAAUUGUGUAAGAAGUGAAUUGAAUCUUAUUAUCUCUAGGAAAAAUAGAGAUUGGGCUAAUGAGAAUUAUAAGAAUGUCACAAUUAGAAUGAAUCCCUGUAAGAGCAGAUUCAUUCUAAAAUUUGUUCAUUGUAGAUACAGUUUUAUAUUUAUAUUUAAAGUUGUAUUCGCCAUUGUUUUAUUCAAUGCAAUUCAGUGAAUUAUUUAGUGCAAUUUCUUUUGCUCGCCGAUUGUUAUUAUACAGAUUGUUACGUUAUAGAGUACGUUAUUAACUCAACGUUAAUGUGUUAUACAUUCGUGUGAUAUUUUCCAUUUCUGCCCGUCACGGCGAUCGUAGCUAGUCUCCCGAUCCCGGCGAAGUAGAAAUUAGUGCGUCACGAAUAUCAAAUAUUUAUAUCCACGAGCCGAGUUUACACAAGCAGCGAUUACUCUCCAUCUGCGCAAUUAACGACGAUGCGUUUUAAGCUCUCUGUUUAAUUUCCAUCGUAAAAUCUCGUUGCUCCCUAUAGCGUUAAAUUUUAUGAAAAGCUGCAUGUUAAAUGACAAAUGCGCUACUCUAGAAAUCUACCGAUGCAGUUCUUUACUUCACGGAGAAUUAAGUUAACACUAAUUAAUAUAUACUUUGGUAAGCAUUUCUUUUUGCUUCAAUUUAAUUCGCAAUUGAUUACUCGCGUUGCCUCACGAUAACACGCACUCAUAAAAAAAGAAAUCUAAAUCAGUUGCGAAUAAUGUUUACGUAGAUAUAAAACAAAUAUUACAUGUGCUUUUAUAUGAUGUAUCACGCGAUAACGCGGCGAAAUUUACGAUUUUAGAAGCAAUCACAUAUGUGCGUGUGUGCGUACGUACACGUCGACCGAAUCUAUUGCAAAGAACUCGAGAUAAAUUCGAGAACUUUACACAGUUAUUUUAUCUUGUUUUUUUAUCUUUUUUAUAUUAUUUCUUUUCGUAUGGCACGCAAGUGACGAUAUUGAAAACAAUUAUUUUAAAUGCGAUUCAUGCAGCUUCCGACUAAAAAUACAGACAAUUAAAGAGUAUCAAGCUGAUCACGGCUAUUUGAUUUAUCAUUUGUUUUAUCAUAUAGAUACAUAUGUGUGUGUGCAUGCGCGUGUGUGUGAUAACGCGGCUAUUUACGUCGAGUACCGAAAAAUCUCAGAGACACAAUAAUCACAGAUGCCAUUUCGAAAAUAGUCACGUUUUAGUGUGUUUCAGAGCGGACGAUCAUCUAUUAUUAUGUAAUUGUGCACGUCCUUAUCUAAUACCGUUGCUCGCAUUAUAACUUGACGCAUGGGAUGGAAGACUUGCUGUUAUCGGUGUAAACUCGGCGGUCACAUCGACAGUUUAAUUGUGCGCGUUGAUUUUUUGCAAUUCGACAGAUAUAUCGUACAACGAUCCUUUGCCAAAAAGGUGUCAAAAUAAUUUUUGACAGACCACUUAGUUUUUAUGUUACAUAUGUACGUAUCUCAUGUGUAUGUGUAUUUCCUGUGUUACAUCAAAAUAUCUGGCGAGGGAAAGAAUUGAAACGCACGGAAGAAGAAGAUAAAAAAACGGGAAACAGUGAAAUGCGUAACGUACGUGACGAGAAUAGGUGCUAUUCAGUAGU